AGCGCCGGCGCACUGGCGCGAUCCGUUUACACGCUCCGGGGCCUGUAGGCGCCGCGAGUUCCGGCUGUCGCCGUCGCCGCCGCAGCUCCUGGAGGUCAGUUGCGACGAGUAACGGCGCCAGGACGAGCCCUGCUCUUUCUUCUCCGAUAUGUACCCGAAUUGGGGCCGAUAUGGCGGGAGCAGCCACUAUCCGCCUCCGCCGGUCCCGCCGCCACCUCCGGUGGCGCUUCCUGAGGCCUCGCCCGGGCCCGGGUAUUCGAGCUCGACGACUCCAGCGGCCCCCUCCUCCUCGGGCUUCAUGAGCUUUCGCGAGCAGCACUUGGCGCAGCUCCAGCAGCUGCAGCAGAUGCACCAGAAGCAAAUGCAGUGCGUGCUCCAGCCCCAUCACCUUCCUCCGCCCCCCCUGCCGCCCCCGCCGGUGAUGCCGGGGGGCGGCUACGGAGACUGGCAGCCACCGCCACCACCGAUGCCCCCGCCACCUGGGCCGGCCCUCAGCUAUCAGAAGCCGCAGCAGUACAAACACCAGAUGCUCCACCACCAACGAGACGGGCCUCCCGGUUUGGUUCCCAUGGAGCUGGACUCCCCCCCUGAAUCCCCCCCAGUACCGCCGGGGUCUUACAUGCCCCCGUCUCAAUCUUACAUGCCCCCCCCUCAACCGCCACCCUCGUACUUCCCCCCGGCCUCGUCGCAGCCCUACUUGCCUCCGGCUCAGCCGUCCCCUUCUCAGUCCCCACCUUCUCAAUCCUACCUGGCGCCCACCCCUUCUUAUUCUUCCUCUUCCUCCUCGCAGUCCUAUUUGAGCCAUUCCCAGUCCUACCUGGCCCCUUCUCAGGCAUCCCCUUCCCGCCCCUCCCAGGGCCAUUCUAAAUCCCAACUACUAGCCCCUCCACCACCGUCCACCCCUUCUGGGAAUAAGACAACUGUCCAGCAAGAGCCUUUGGAGAGUGGAGCCAAGAGCAAGAAUGCUGAACAGCAUCAAGCUGCUCCUGAGCCAGAUCCUUCUAAGAUGACUCCACAGGAACAGCAGCAGUACUGGUAUCGACAGCACUUGCUUAGUUUGCAGCAGAGGACAAAAGUACAUUUGCCAGGACACAAAAAAGGUCCUGUCAUAGCAAAGGAUGCGCCCAAGCCAGUAAAAGAAGUUACAGUAUCUGCCACCAGUCAAGUACCAGAAUCCCCUCCAUCUGAGGAGCCCCCAUUACCACCUCCUAAUGAGGAGGUACCACCCCCUCUCCCACCUGAGGAAUCCCAGUCUGAGGACCCGGAAGAAGAUGCCAGGUUAAAACAGUUGCAGGCUGCCGCAGCCCACUGGCAGCAGCACCAGCAACACCGAGUUGGCUUCCAGUAUCAGGGUAUAAUGCAGAAGCACACUCAGUUACAGCAGAUCCUACAACAGUACCAGCAGAUCAUACAGCAGCCUCCACAUAUGCAGACCAUGUCUGUAGAUAUGCAACUGCGGCAUUAUGAGAUGCAGCAGCAACAGUUUCAACAUCUCUACCAAGAAUGGGAGCGCGAGUUUCAGCUGUGGGAGGAACAGCUCCACUCCUAUCCUCAUAAAGAUCAGCUUCAGGAGUAUGAGAAGCAGUGGAAAACAUGGCAGGGACAUAUGAAAGCCACUCAGACCUAUCUCCAGGAGAAAGUCAAUUCAUUUCAGAACAUGAAAAACCAGUACAUGGGGAACAUGUCAAUGCCACCUCCUUUUGUUCCAUAUUCUCAGAUGCCUCCACCUCUACCAACAAUGCCCCCUCCGGUAUUGCCUCCAUCAUUGCCACCACCCGUGAUGCCCCCUGCCCUGCCUGCUUCAGUACCACCACCUGGCAUGCCCCCACCUGUGAUGCCACCUUCUUUACCAACCUCUGUGCCCCCACCUGUGAUGCCUCCAACUCUGUCUUCAACAGGGCCACCACCAGUUCUUCCCCCACCUUCCCUCUCUUCUGUAGGGCCACCACCAGUUCUUCCCCCACCAUCUCUCUCUUCAGCAGCGCCUCCACCUGUCCUGUCCCUCCCACCUUUGUCUUCAGCCACACCUCCUCCAGGAAUACCUCCCCCUGGGGUUCCACAAGGGUUACCUCAGUUAUCAGCAGCCCCAGUUCCACCAGUCUCCAGCUCUCAGAGUUCACAAGUUCCGGAGAAACCUAGACCAGCACUGCUUCCCACUCCUGUGUCUUUUGGUUCAGCCCCACCCUCAUCUUACCAUCCUCCAUUGCAGUCAGCCCUCGGCCCAUCAGAGCAAGGGAAUUCUAAAGCUCCUCUGAGCAAGUCUGCUCUGCCAUACAGUUCGUUCUCAUCCGAGCAAGGACUUGGGGAGUCUUCAGCUGCUCCCUCUCAGCCAAUCACUGCAGUCAAGGACAUGCCUGUGAGGCCAGGUGGACUGCUACCAGAUCCUCCUAGAAGCAGUUACAUGGAAGGUCAAAAAGGACCAAGAUUUGAUGGUCCUCGAAGAUUUGAGGAUUUAGGUUCAAGGUGUGAAGGACCGAGACCCAAAGGGCCUCGUUUUGAAGGAAAUCGCCCCGAUGGGCCAAGACCCAGAUAUGAAGGUCACCCAGCAGAGGGCACUAAAAGCAAAUGGGGAAUGAUUCCCCGGGGGCCAGCAUCUCAGUUUUAUAUUACCCCCAAUACAUCCCUAAGUCCUCGACAGAGUGGACCACAGUGGAAAGGCCCCAAACCAGCUUUGGGACAGCAACAUCAGCAGCAACCUAAGUCACAAGCAGAACCUCUUUCAGGAAACAAAGAACCAUUAGCAGACACCAAUAGUAACCAGCAGAAGAAUUUUAAAAUGCAAUCAGCUGCAUUAUCCAUUGGUGCAGAUAUAAAGGAAGCCAAGGCGGCUCAGUCAAAUGAGAAUCUAAGCGACUCUCAGCAAGAGCCACCUAAGAGCGAAGUCUCGGAAGGGCCCAUAGAGCCUUCUCAUUGGGACCAGAAUUCUCAAAGUGUGGAGACUCAAAUGGACAAAGCCCAAGCUGUUACUCAGCCUGUAUCCCUUGCAAAUAAACCUGUACCUACUCAGACUACUUUUCCAUCAAAAGUGGGGGGGAUAGAGGGAGGAGCAAUAGUAGCAACAUCAUCAUCAUUAACUGCAGAUAAUGAUUUUAAACCUUUAGGUAUUGGUCUGCUCCAUUCAGGAAACAACCAAGAUAAAGGGCUGCCUCGGCCAGAGAAUAGAGAUAAUAGGUUAGAAGGCAAUCGAGGCAGCAGCUCAUCUUAUAGAGGUCCUGGGCAAAGCAGAAUAGAAGACACACGGGAUAAAGGAUUAGUGAAUAGAAGUCAAGGCCAGGCAAUGAGCCGUGGCCCAGGGUUGGUCAAGCAAGAAGACUUUCGUGAUAAGAUGAUGGGUAGAAGAGAAGACAGUCGAGAAAAGAUGAGCAGAGGAGAAGGUAGUCGGGACCGAGGGUUGGUGAGGUCAGGAAGCAGUCGGGAGAAAGUGCCAGGUGGUCUUCAGGGCAGCCAAGACAGGGGUAGAACUGGCAGCCGAGAAAGGGGACCACCUCGGAGGGCUGGGAGUAGGGAGAGGGUACCACCCCGAAGAGCUGGGAGCAGAGAGAGGGGACCACCUCGAGGGCCUGGCAGUCGGGAAAGGGGACUGGGAAGACCAGAUUUUGGUCGUGACAGAGGUUCAUUUAGACCAGAACCAGGAGAUGGUGGGGAAAAGAUGUAUCCAUAUCACCGAGAAGAGCCUCCUAGGGCUCCAUGGAACCAUGGAGAAGAGAGAGGGCAUGAAAAGUUCCCAUUAGAUGGUAGAAAUGCCCCAAUGGAACGAGAAAGACUUGAUGAUUGGGAUAGAGAGAGAUACUGGAGAGAAUGUGAUCAUGACUAUCAAGACGAUACACUAGAUCCAUAUAACAGAGAGGACAGGUUCUCAGCACCACCAUCUCGAUCUCAUGAUGGAGAUAGACGAGGCCCUUGGUGGGAUGAUUGGGAGAGAGAUCAGGAUAUGGAUGAGGACUACAAUAGGGAAAUGGACAGGGACUUGGACAGGGAUGUGGAGCGGAUUGGAAGACCCAUGGAUAUGUAUGAUAGAAAUUUGGAUAAUGAGUGGGACAGAGAUUAUGGGAGACCACUGGAUGAACAAGAAUCACAGUUCCGUGAACGGGAUAUUCCAUCUCUUCCACCUUUACCACCCCUCCCACCUCUUCCACCUUUGGAUAGAUAUCGGGAUGAUAGAUGGAGAGAAGAAAGAAAUCGAGACCAUGGGUUUGAUCGAGAUUUCCGUGAUAGGGGUGAGUUGAGGAUCCGAGAGUAUCCAGAAAGAGGAGAUACAUGGCGGGAAAAGCGAGAUUAUAUUCCUGACAGAAUGGACUGGGAAAGAGAACGGUUGUCAGACAGAUGGUACCCAUCUGAUGUGGAUAGACAUUCCCCCAUUGCGGAACAUAUGCCCUCCUCACAUCAUUCUUCUGAAAUGAUGGGGUCGGAUGCAAAUUUAGACUCUGACCAAGGCCUUGGAGGGGUAAUGGUUCUCAGUCAAAGGCAGCACGAAAUCAUUUUGAAAGCUGCACAAGAACUGAAAAUGCUUCGGGAACAGAAAGAACAGCUUCAAAAGAUGAAAGACUUUGGAUCUGAGCCACAGAUGCCUGAUCACCUACCACCCCCGGAUUCGAGAUUGCAGAAUACAGCUUCAAGACCUGGAAUGUAUCCGCCUCCAGGGUCCUAUAGACCACCCCCUCCUAUGGGUAAACCACCAGGUUCAAUUAUGAGACUCUCUGCUCCACCAGCAAGAUCAUCUGUUCCUGUAACCAGGCCGCCUAUCCCAAUACCACCCCCACCACCUCCUCCUCCUCCACCCCCACCUCCUCCAGUGAUAAAGUCACAAACUUCAGGUGUGGAACAGGAGCGCUGGGAUGAAGACUCUUUCUAUGGCCUCUGGGAUACAAAUGAUGAACAAGGACUGAAUUCAGAAUUUAAAUCAGAAACUGCAACAAUCCCAUCUGCUCCACUGUUACCACCCCCACCUGUUCACCCUUCCAUUCCCCCUCCUGGCCCAAUGCCUAUGGGUAUGCCUCCAAUGUCCAAACCACCACCAGUGCAGCAGACUGUUGAUUAUGGCCAUGGCCGAGAUAUAGCCACUAAUAAAGUUGAACAGAUACCCUACGGAGAAAGAAUAACUCUGCGCCCAGAUCCACUACCUGACAGAUCAACUUUUGAGACAGAGCAUGCAGGCCAACGGGAUCGUUAUGAUAGAGACAGAGACCGUGAGCCUUAUUUUGAUCGUCAGAGUAAUGUCAUGGCAGAUCAUCGAGAUUUCAAAAGGGAUCGGGAGAUACAUAGAGACCGAGACCGGGAUCGUGGUGUUAUCGACUAUGACCGGGAUCGAUUUGACAGAGAACGCCGACCUCGAGAUGAUAGUUGUUCAACUGCUGGAAUCCUAGGAGAAAGAAGAACUUACCCAGAGGAGCGAAUGCCCCUGCCAGCUCCUUCACUAAGCCACCAGCCACCCCCAGCUCCACGGGUUGAGAAGAAGCCUGAAUCUAAGAAUGUGGACGAUAUUUUGAAACCACCUGGCCGAGAGAGUAGACCUGAGAGAAUUGUUGUUAUAAUGAGAGGAUUGCCUGGCAGUGGAAAGACACAUGUUGCAAAACUUAUUCGAGAUAAAGAGGUAGAAUUUGGAGGACCUGCACCCAGAGUUCUAAGCCUGGAUGAUUAUUUCAUCACUGAAGUGGAAAAAGAAGAAAAAGAUCCAGAUUCUGGGAAGAAAGUGAAAAAGAAGGUAAUGGAAUAUGAAUAUGAAGCUGAGAUGGAGGAGACCUAUCGCACUAGCAUGUUCAAAACUUUCAAAAAGACUCUGGAUGAUGGCUUUUUCCCCUUCAUCAUCCUGGAUGCCAUCAAUGACCAAGUUCGACAUUUUGACCAGUUUUGGAGUGCAGCAAAAACCAAAGGAUUUGAGGUGUAUUUGGCUGAAAUGAGUGCAGAUAACCAGACUUGUGGCAAGAGAAAUAUUCAUGGAAGAAAGCUUAAAGAAAUAAAUAAGAUGGCCGAUCACUGGGAAACUGCACCUCGUCAUAUGAUGCGCCUGGACAUUCGUUCUUUGCUGCAAGAUGCUGCUAUUGAAGAGGGUUACAUUCCGAAAAGCAAAUGGGAGAUGGACACAUCUGAGGCAAAGCUAGACAAGUUGGAUGGCUUGAGAACUGGUACUAAAAGGAAACGUGACUGGGAGGCAAUAGCCAGCAGAAUGGAGGAUUAUCUUCAGCUCCCUGACGAUUAUGAUACUCGUGCUUCUGAGCCUGGGAAGAAGAGGGUGAGAUGGGCAGACCUGGAGGAAAAGAAGGACGCAGAUAGGAAAAGGGCCAUAGGUUUUGUGGUCGGACAGACUGAUUGGGAGAAGAUCACAGAUGAAAGUGGUCAUCUGGCUGAAAAAGCCCUCAAUCGAACCAAAUAUAUAUGAGACUUAGUUUUUGAACGGAGUCAAUUGUUCCCCUAAGGUGGUUCGCUUGGAGGUGGUCUGAAGCCAAGGCCUCAUGGAGCUUCGUUGUGUGUCCUCUUGCUUCCACGUUUCAGUUUUUGUUUUGUUUCUACUGCUUUAGUUUUUUAAAGUUAUCCAGUGUCCCCAAGAGGUAUUAGAACCUUGCUGUACCUAAGCAAGACAUUAAUUUUUUUAAGAACUAUUUUGGGGAGGGAGGGAGUGAUAGCUUAACUGCUGAAGCCGGUGGGGAUCUGCUGGAGGGUUCCAACAGAAAAUAUUUUCUCCACUGUACGAUGUCACGGACUAUCUCUAUCAUCAUUGCUUUGUGGCUGUUCUUGUUUUUUACUGUAUGUAACUGGUAGCUGAUUGUACUAGGAUUAAAAACAAUAAACGUCACGAUAAAGCCGAUGAGAUUCAUGGGCUAUACAGCA